UCUCAGUAAACAACUAACCAAAAAUAUUAUAUAUUUAGUGUUUUCUUGUGAUUUGUGAAAAGUGAUUUAUAACAAAAACAAAUAUGGCUCCAACAAGUGCAUAUAUGGUACAAACCGAAUAUGAAGAACCAAUUUCACGUACAUAUCAAUAUCGUAAAGUGAUGAAACCAAUGUUAGAACGUAAACGACGUGCUCGUAUUAAUCGUUGUUUGGAUGAAUUAAAAGAAUUAAUGGUUACCGCAUUACAAUCGGAAGGUGAAAAUGUAUCAAAAUUAGAAAAAGCCGAUAUUUUGGAAUUAACUGUCCGUCAUUUACAUCAAUUAAAACGUCAACAUCAAUUGAUCUCAACACCAGAACAAUCGUAUGCCGAUCGUUUUCGUGCUGGAUUUACACAUUGUGCAACAGAAGUGUCACAUUUCUUAUCAACACCGAAAGAAACUGUUGAUCCAAUUGCAAGCGCUAAGCUACUUCAACACCUUGGUACAUGUAUACGUCGUUUGGAAAAUGGUAUGCAACAACAACAAAUGAUGCAACCACAACAACCUCAACAACAAUCACCACAACAAAUGAAUCAACAAUAUUAUCAAACACAACAAUUACCUAUUCAACAAGUACAAGUACAACAAUACACACCACCAACAAGUCCUGUUAUGUUAAUGCAACAACAAACACAACAAAUCAAAAAAUAUCAACCAAAAUUAAUGAAAUACACAAAUCAACAAUGUUGUUCAUUAGUUGCAAAUAAACCAAUGAAUGUUGCGACAACAGCGCCACAAGCUCCAAUGUGGCGACCUUGGUAGUUUAAUAGUGUCAUUAAAUUUAAUUCAAAUUUAGGUACUUUUUUGGCUUUAAU